AUGGACCUACCGACCACUACCGUGUCCCUCCUAGCAGCAGCCCCCAUCCUCAUAUACUUUCUUCUUCCAAUUCUCCUACGCAGCAUUGGCUCUGUUGCCGGAACAUACCUAUGCAAGAAGACCGAAGGGAGGCACACGCACCUGCUGGAGCUAGCGGGAUCCAAUAAGAAGAAAGACGAGACUUUGAACAAGGAUAGCUCUGACGGCUGGGGAACAGUCGAUGCACAAUCUCUUCGUGGAACGGACAGUCAGGGCAGCCCGCUGCCGUCGAACAAGGACUGGACUGGCAUCGUGGGAUUCUUUCACCCAUUCUGUAAUGCUGGUGGAGGUGGCGAAAGAGUCCUCUGGGCUGCUAUUCGUGCCACUCAAAAGCAGUGGCCCUACGCAAUCUGCGUCGUCUACACAGGAGACCGUGACCUCAAGAAGCAUGAGAUGGUGCAUCGUGUCAAGACCCGUUUCAAUAUCGAUCUACACCCCGACACCCUCUUCUUUCUCCACCUCAGCACCCGUCACCUGGUCCUCGCAUCUACAUGGCCUCACUUCACCCUGCUGGGCCAGUCUCUCGGCUCGAUGGUUUUGGCCUGGGACGCCUUUGGGCAGCUCGUCCCCGAUCUAUUCAUCGACACUAUGGGCUACGCCUUUGCUCUUGGCUUGUCCAAGUUCCUCUUCCCUAGUGUUCCCACUGCAGCCUACGUCCACUACCCGACCAUUUCCACCGAUAUGCUCGAGUCCCUCGACCCAAAGUCUACAGUCGGAAGUCAGGGCGUCAAUGCUGGCCAGGGUGUCGGUGCUCGGGGCGUCGUGAAGCGUGCUUACUGGAGGUUGUUCGCUGCCCUUUAUGCCCGGGUGGGGUCAACCGCCGACGUAGUCAUGACCAAUUCGAGCUGGACCCAGGCGCACAUCCAGCAAAUCUGGGGUCCUCGCCGUGUCAUCCGCUCCCGUACACAUCCCAUCGCCGUGGUGUACCCGCCAUGUGCGGUCGAAGAGCUCGAGAGCACCGUUGAGGUGUCGGCGGCCAGCGAGGCGCGCCGCGAGGAGAUCAUCCUCUACAUCGCCCAGUUCCGUCCCGAGAAAAACCACAAGCUCAUCCUGGGCGCCUUCGCCGAACUGCGGAAGAGGGAAAUACCGGCCUUGCGCGACGCACGUCUGGUCCUCGUGGGCAGCGUCCGGGACGAUUCCGACUCCAAGCGCGUCUACGAGUUGAGGUUACUGACCAACGAGCUCGGCAUCCGGAACCACGUCGACUUCCGCCUUGACGUGCCGUGGCCCGAUAUCCUUGAUUGGCUGCGCAGGGCGUCCGUUGGUGCGAACGGCAUGUGGAACGAGCACUUUGGCAUUGGCGUGGUGGAGUACCAGGCUGCUGGUCUCAUCUCGGUGGUUCAUGACAGUGGAGGGCCAAAGCUCGACAUUGUCGUUGACGUUGACGGCGAACCGACAGGUACUUUUGGCACUUUUUUUUUCUUUUUCUUCUUCUUCUUCUUUUCUUGCUAUCAUGCGACCACGGCUACCGAGUUUGCAGAUGGUUUUGAGAAAGCACUCUCUAUCAAGGAUCCGCUUGCCAUGCGACAGCGGGCUCGGCGAUCGGCGCAACGCUUUGGGGAAGAGGAAUUCGCGCGGAGAUGGCAGGCGCAAAUGGAGGUGCUGAUCGGCAUGGCUUGA